AUGAAAGCGAUACGGUACUACGGCCCGAAAGACCUUCGCUUCGAACACAUUCCUGAGCCCGUAGUGGGUCCAGGACAAGUCAAGAUCAAGAUUGCUUGGUGUGGAAUAUGUGGAAGCGAUCUUCACAUGUAUGAAAGCAACAUCUUAGAUGGCCCACCAACCGCCACCGAGGCCCACCCCGUCACCGGCGAGAAGCUUCCCGUAGGCGUCGGCCACGAAUUCUCUGGUACCAUCGUCGAAUUGGGUCCUGGCGUCGAUACGUCCAAGUAUGCCGUUGGUCAGAAUGUGGCUGUUGAGCCAACCCUCGGUUGCAACACUCCUGGCUGCGCAUGCGCCACCACUCAGACUCGGAACCUGUGCCCAAAGUUUGCGGCCAUCGGAAUCUCUGGUGGUGGCGGUGGCCUCUCCGAGUACGUCGUGGCACCCCAAGCACUCGCACACGUACUACCGGCGAACGUCUCGCUGGAGGUCGGCGCCCUCGUCGAACCGCUCGCGGUCGCCUGGCGCGCAGUCAAAUUAUCGCAAGUCAAACCGGGGGACAAGGUCCUCAUACUCGGUGCCGGUCCGAUCGGCGUCUUCGUGCUGAAAGUGGCACAGAUAUUUGGCGCGACCUGGGUGGGCAUCUCGGGGUGCGGUUCGAAGCGCUGUGCUCUCGCGCGCAAGUACGGCGCAUCCGUGGUGUACGACGCCUCUACCGGGAUAGAUGUCGUCGCGGAAACGUUGAAGGCGACGGACGGCCGGGGAGUGGACGUCGUCGUGGACUGCGCCGGAAGCCAGAGCACGCUCGACACGGCACUGAAGGCGACGCGGGCCGGCGGGACGAUCAUGAACGUCGCGGGGUGGACGGAGCGACCCACGAUCGACAUGAACCUGAUGCUGAUGAAGGAGCUCGUUCUUGCCAACAGCAUUGCUUAUGCUGGGGACCACCCCGAGCUGAUCCAAGCCCUUGCGGAUGGCAAGUUCGACCUCGACGAUCUGGAGGCGUUGAUCACUCGUCGCGUGGGGCUGGAGGAGUAUCUUGAGAAAGGGCUCGGCGCCCUCCUACACGAGAAGGACCAGCACGUCAAGGUCUUGAUUCAUCCUUGAACCUUUGGGCUUCGGAGAAGGCUCGACUUAUCAGCCAGAGGCACGCUAGACACAAGCAGCUGUACGUUCC